AUGAGCAGCGUAAUGAACUUUCAUGACAAUAGUACUGGGGGCAUGCCACCCGAUCAUCAUUACUCCAAUCACCAUGACUCGUCAUCAGACGACGGUGACUUCUUUGAUGACCAUCCAGUCAUAGAAGCCUUCGUCUGCUAUGGUUGGCUGUUUCUGAUGUUCUAUUGCCUUCUUUGCCGAAAUAAGCGGGAACCACCAUCUACUGAGGUAGGAGACCGCAUCCGUGCUCGAGCAAGAGAGAACCAAGAAAGAAUAGAACAGAAAAAAGUUAAGGAAGGGCAAUCGCCAGAGCUCCGCAAACGCGUAGUAGAUGAGAACAUGAUCACCAAGGUAGUCUUGUCAAAGGAUUCUCAAGGGAAUCUGACUCUUGGUAACAAAAAGUCAAGCGUCGAAGAUUGCCAGGAAACCUCUAUAGAUGAUGUUGAAGCACAAAAAGGUGAUAAUAACAGCAAGGACAUUACCCAUCUUGAAGCCGAUGACGAAGAAGGUCUUACCUGCGUCAUCUGUUUGGAUUGUUUCGAACCUGAUGAUUUGGUAUCUUGGACCAAACACGACCCAACUUGCACUCAUGUCUUUCACGACGAAUGCAUCCGUCAAUGGUUGGAAGAAAGGCGACAGGACGAAUGUCCUUCCUGUCGAUGCCACUUGGUUCCUCCUCCGGAAGUUCCAAAAACCAAGUCGCUUGACGAAGAAAGUGACGAUACUGACGAAGAGGAAGAAGUGUCAGAAUCUGAUACUGGUUCUUCUGGAAAUUCCAGUGAACAGCCCAAGGAGGAUGCCGAUUCAGCUCUCUUUGUCAUGAUUAGUGGUUUACUGAGCCGGGCAUCAACAACAGUUUCAUCAUCAUCAACGACGCGAAGACCUGCAUCGGCGCCAGCCUCAGGAGAAUAUAACUUGGUAUCGGUCAACUCUGGCAGUUUUGAUAGCCAAGAUGCUCCUGGACGAGUCCAAGAUGCUGAAGAUCGAACCCAGCAGGGGCCACUCGAUGAGGAAUCUCCCUCGCCUUCUCCUUCGUCAUCAUCAGAAGAAGAUGACAAUGAUGAAGCAUUCAACCAAGCACAUUCGUCGAGCACCUCUGGUGCUUCGGUUGCCACCAUGUCCGUCAGCGAAGCCCUUCGCCAAAGUGAAGCUAUGGAGGAUGAGGAUGACGACGAUAACGAAGUCAUGGAUGGGGCAAUGGAGCUAGGAAUGCAACAUGCCGUUACCAACAUUACGUUUUCGCCCUGA